AUGGCUUCAAAAUCCUUGAACAAUAAUAAUCACAAAGAACAUUUUAUUCCCCCGUGGACAAGAUUGCAGAACAAACAAUUUGAGAAGGCAUUGGUCUUGUUUGAUGAACACACCCCAGAUCGGUGGCAAAAUAUAGCCAAAGAAGUUGGCAAUAAAUCGGUGGAGGAAGUGGAGAGACACUAUGCAAUUCUUUUAGAAGAUCUUGGUAGAAUAGAGUCAGGGCGUGUUCCAAUUCCCGAUUAUAAGUUCUCAGAAAACAUGAAUGAUCAUGCAGAGAGAGUGGAAGCAUAUAUAGCAAUUUCCUCAGGACAACACAAAGAUGCCACCAAAAAUGGAGCUCAAGCUGCUGGUUCAGUGAAUUCCAAAGAUAAAGUCAUUCAUGAACCUUAUGUGGUAAUGACUAAUGAACAAACACAUCAGUAA